AUUGCGAACAGAGCGGCUGACUGGAGGUCUGCAGCGGACUGAAGCCGGAGCAGCCGACACUGAAAUAGGUGGAAAAGUUGCUCCUAACUACCUCCACGGUGGACGCGAAACCCCGACGGACACCACUGGAGUUUUUAAAGUGAGUCCAGCAGUUCUUCCCAGUCAGACAUGAGGAGCCCUCCAGGCCUGGGUCGCUGAGCAGCUGAGGUCAGAGUUCAAGUGCUUGUUCCGGCAGUCAUGGCUGACAGGGAGGGGCUGCCCAUCGCCCCGGGCCAGAUCUACAUCGAGGUGGAGUAUGACUAUGAGUACAAGGCCAAGGACAAGAUGGUGACCAUCCGCCAGGGAGAGUGCUACAUGCUGGUGAAGAAGACCAACGAGGACUGGUGGCAGGUGAGGAAGGAAGAGGGCACGAAGGCCUUUUACGUGCCGGCGCAGUACGUAAGGGAGGUGCGCCGGGCACUCAUGCCCCCCCAGAAACCCGCCUUGAGGGCCAAGCCCACCGUUUUGGAUAUCUGCCGGGCGUCCAAUGAGAAUCUAAACAGACCCCAGCCGGAGAUGUCCAGCUUCGGGCGUCCGUCACCUUCCUCCACCCCGUCGCCGUCCUCCGACCGCGUCACCCCCCCGGCUCUCUCCAAGGAUGCUAACCAGAACGUGGGGAGUCCCCAUCACUGCAAGGUGGUGGCCGAACUGGUGCUUCUUCACAACAACAACAACCAUCACCACGCCAACAAUUCCACGUUGCCAAGGACACGGGCGGACUCGCCUCCGCUCAAAGUGGGGAACAACCACAACAAAAGUCCAGAUAGUGACAAGAUGUCGCCACCAAGCGAGCUGCCAGGAGACCGGCUCAACAAGCUCCACAACGACUCGGAGUCUGGGGACGAGCUGAGCAGCAGCUCCACAGAACACAUGCAGACCACAUCGCCUACAGGUCAGGGCCGGUCUGACUCGCCGGUCUACACCAACCUCCAGGAGCUGAAGAUCUCUCAGUCCAGCAUGCCGCCCGUCCCCUCCAGCUCCCCUCUCCACAUCCUGGGCGACUGGGAGACCCACAAAGACCUGAGCGGCAGGCAUUUCUACUACAACCGCGCCACCGGAGAGCGGACCUGGAAGCCGCCGCGCACCAGGGACGCCAGCGGCAGCACCAGCAGUAUCCGAGGAGACAGCCAGGGCACGGCCGACAGUGAGCCACUGUCCUCAGAGGAGAACUGUCACAGCACCCACUCAAGUCAGUCUGACAGCCAGUACGGCUCGCCCCCUAGAGGCUGGUCAGAGGAGCUGGAUGAGCACGGACACACUCUCUACGUCUCUGAAUACACACAGGAGAAGUGGAUAAAACAUGUGGAUGAACAGGGCCGACCCUACUACUACAGCGCUGAUGGAUCCAGAUCAGAAUGGGAACUGCCCAAGUACAAUAUCUCCCCUCAGUCUGGAGAGGUUCCCAAGAGUCGCAGUUUGGAGAGGAAGCAGCAGGAUCCCAUCGUCCUCACCAAGUGGAGACACAGUACCUAUGUCUUAGACCUCAACGACAAGGAGUGUGCUCCAGCGCCCAAGCAGAGCCCUCCAGACUCUGACUCCUGCCCCUCAUCUCCUAAGCACCCUUCGACCCCUUCAGAGAAGUGUGGAGUCCUCAAUGUCACCAAAAUCACAGAGAAUGGAAAGAAAGUCAGGAAGAACUGGACGUCCUCGUGGACAGUGCUGCAGGGUUUCUCUCUGCUCUUUGCCAAGGGACAGGGGGGCAGCACCAGCUGGAAGUUUGGGAGCAACCAGUCGAAGCCUGAGUUCACUGUUGACCUGCGAGGAGGCUCUGUGGAUUGGGCGUCCAAGGACAAGUCGAGCAAGAAACACGUCAUCGAGCUGAAGACUCGUCAGGGGACAGAGCUGCUGAUCCAGUCAGAGAUCGACAGCGUCAUCAACGACUGGUACCGAGCCCUGACUGAGACCAUCAACACACAUGCGUGGGAGUCUGAUGAGGCCAUUGAAGAGGACAUGCCUGAGUCUCCAGGAGCUGAGAAACAGGACAAAGAGAAAGACCACAGGGACUCCAAGAAGAACAGAGUGAUGAAGACCUCUGUGAGUAUGGACGCAUCAGACCAGAAGAAAACCAGGUUGAAGCUGAAGAAGUUCCUGACACGUCGACCCACCUAUCAGGCUGUCAGGGACAAGGGAUACAUCAAAGAUCAGGUGUUUGGCUGCAGUCUGACCAGUCUGUGCCAGCGGGAGAACACAUCAAUCCCCAACUUUGUCACAAUGUGUAUCGAGCACGUGGAGAACACAGGUCUCAGCAUUGACGGCUUAUACAGAGUGAGCGGGAACCUGGCAGUGAUCCAGAAGCUCCGCUUCGCUGUUAAUCACGAUGAGAAGGUGGAUCUGAACGACAGUAAGUGGGAGGACAUCCACGUCACCACCGGAGCUCUCAAGAUGUUCUUCAGGGAGCUUCCUGAGCCUCUCUUCACAUACGGAUCCUUCGAUGACUUUGUCGAGGCCAUCAAGUGCUCCGACUACAAGCAGCGACUGAAUUCAAUCAAAGACUUAAUAAAGAAGUUGCCAAAACCCAACCAUGACACAAUGCAAGUCCUCUUCAAGCACCUGCGCAGGGUGAUUGACCACGGAGAGGCCAACCGCAUGACCACCCAGAGCGUGGCCAUCGUGUUCGGACCCACGCUGCUGCGGCCCGAGACCGAGACGGGCAACAUCGCGGUCCACAUGGUCUACCAGAACCAGAUAGUGGAGCUCAUACUGCUCGAGUACGAAAGCAUCUUCGGCAGGUAGAGGUAGCCACUCAGAACAGGAUGGCGGGCGUUUCAAACACGGACUUGUUUUCCUUUUCCCCCUUCUUUUCUUCGACUGAACUGAACAUUGCUGUGGACCAAGCAGAUGGGAGAAAAAAAUAAUUUACCUUCAUUGACAGGACAGUUUAUGAAAGUGUUGCACUUACAGAAGUUUUGGAGAUGAAUUAAAAAAAAAAAAGGUGUACAGAUUUCACACGGUUCUUCAGUUCCUGCUGUGAGUAGCGGGUCGGACAAUGGACAGUGUUUCAGAGUGUUGCCGUGGUGACGUGUGGACGUCCGUGUGGUGGAUUUUGAGUAUUCAGGUGUUUUUACAUACACUGGAUCCCUGUGGCCAGUAAUUCAAGCUGUGGCACCCUUCGCCUCCUAGUGGAAGCCAACCUGGAGUUUGGCGGAUCCACAGAGGGGCGUGGCAUUAUUAUUCAAACCGGCAACCUCAUCACCUCGCCGAAGGAAUGAGCGGAAUCUGAACUGGAUCGGUUUUCUGUGUCGUGGAGCUUUUGUCUGUGAUGUUUAAGCCCUGUGUGGUUUUUGGAUCAGGUGGAAAAAAAUAAUCAGUGUUAUGUUAACAGACUGUCUUUUUGGCACUUGGACGAACUGGAGUUACAGAUCUUGUCCCCAACUUACCUUAGCGACACCAUCACCUCCCCCCCCUCACCCCCACCUCCCCCCCUCAGCCAGUGUUAAGCAUUAACCCCUGUGACAUGAGCGUCCUGUGACUUGAAUGAUGGAGGACAAACCCUCUUUGUGUGUGUGAGUGAAUUAACCUAAAUGGAAUAAAACCUGAGCAGAAGCAUCCUCGUCUUGCCACUUUGUACAAACUGUGUCGUGUAGUCUUUACGUGCUUUGGUAAAGUUUCCGUUAAGCUGCCGGGGAGUUCGUCGUCUUUGCUCCUGUGUCAACCUCAGUGGCAGGAAACGUCACCCAGAUCCUGGUGUUACUGGAAAAACAACAUGGUGGAUUUCUGGGGACUGCCACGUUAUCAAUUUCUACAUGAAUUGUCUCUGACUGUGGGCUUGAUUAGCCUUCUCCUCACCUAAGCUAAUAUUAAAGAGUAUUGAGAGAAGGGAAACGGUACAGAGAAUAUUUCACAGGUUGAUGUAUGGGAGCGUAUGGGUGUUAAAUGCAAAGAAGAGCCUUUAAAAACCUUUCAGAGCAUAUGUACAGUGACAGGAAGUAGUUGUUAAAAUGUGUUCUAGUGACUGAGGUAUGUAUGCUUUGAUGGAAACUAGUGAAAGAUGAUUUUGAUUUUGUAAAUUUGAAUUAAAACAUGAAAACACAGAUUGUGAAAAAAUAAAACACAUGAUCGACUGUUACUUUUGUUUGAAGGUGUAUCUGGAGUGUUUGCGCAUGGUCAGCUGCACAUUUUGAAUGUAAUUUUCAGGCUAACUGCUGUUUGUGAAACUGCUAUGUCUAAUAAAAAAGACAAACUAAA